AUGAUGAUGGAAGAAGGACAAAUAGACUUGAAACACGUAGUUGAACAAGAUAUUCAAAUUAUCAAAGGAAACAUGACUUUGAUGGAAGCACUGCCUCCUCCAAACUUAGCGAUGCGAGUGCCCUCAGAACCAGGAGCCUUUCCUCAAGCUGGACCACUGUCACAUAGAACCAACAGUGAGUCAUUUACAACUGACACAUCAAGUAACAUGUGUCAUCAAAACAACAACGAAGAUCCAUUGGCAGAUCUACAAGGAAUGGAUGAGUUGGUGGUGGCCCGGCCUGUGGAUGUGCCCACCAUCAAUGAGGCAGAACCAGUGGAUCCAAUGGAGAGAAGCACAAACAGCAAGAAGGCAACAUGGGCAUGGCGUUUUUUGACUUGUUUGUUGCUACUUGCUCCUCUGACUGCUGUGCUUAUUGUCAUCCUCGUGGCAAGAAAGCAACCCAAUCCAAAAGACAGUACCAUUAAUGCACUGGACGAUCCGAUAACCAACAUCAGCCAUGAUGAAAUGGAAACACCAAUCAAAUCAAGAUUCAACUUGCCUCUUUCCCUACCCAAUAGCACCAUGACUCUUAUGCUCCUUGAUGACUCUGGUGCCAGCCCUCAAUCAAAAGCAUAUGAAUGGCUGAGAGCUGACCCGCUGGUAUCAGAAUACACAGAAGCACGUCUUGUUCAAAGGUUUGCUAUUGCAACUUUAUACUACUCUCUUGGAGGGCCAGAAUGGUUGGAGCAAGGAGGAGGUACAACCACAAUCACCAUAGAUGAAGCACCAUCUGGGCACCACCGGCAGCUACAACCAAAUGCGUCCACAGCAACACCACAACUGCACACACCAGGAACAUCCCAGGGCAGUGGGCCACCUCCAGGCCCAACGAGGCCCACAAUCAAACAUGUCAACAUAACAUCAGCCAAAUGGCUGUCAUAUGGUGUUCCUGAAUGUGAAUGGUUCUCCUUGGGCUCUCUUGAUACAAGGGAAGUUUGCAACAAAGAUGGAAGCUUUCGCAGCUUGUACAUGCUGAAAAACAACAUGGUUGGGACUCUUCCUGAAGAACUCAUGCUCAUGACAUCACUACUGAGUUUGAAGCUUGCAAGAAGCCAAAUUGCUUCAACCAUCUUCACUCAAAUAGGUCAAAUGACACAGCUAACCAAUCUGAGGCUCUUCAGUCUGGACCUAACUGGGACGAUCCCAUCUGAAGUUGGAUUGCUCUCACACACUUUGGAAGAAUUGUCAUUGCUAGAUAACCAACUGACUGGAUCUUUGCCAGAACAGUUUUGGCAACUGUCUCAAGUUGAAACAAUUAUGUUGGGCCACAACUCCUUCAGUGGAUCAAUUGCCUCAGAUAUUGGCUAUCGCAUGCCGAAUCUCCAACAAUUGAUGUUGGAUAGAAAUCAGAUCAGCGGGGUCAUUCCAUCAUUGCUUGGGUUGUGCGCAAACCUGAAAGUAGCAGACUUUGAUGGCAAUCAAUAUUGGCAGGAUCACUUCCCUCUGAACUUGGACUGCUGACUGGUCUGAGAGAACUGAGGCUCUCUAACAACCCAAUGAUUAAUGGAUCAGUAGCUCUGGAACUGGAGCAGUUGAAUAAGUCCAUGCAUACCUUGCUUUUGGAACGCACAUCCCUCACAGGCACCAUUCCUCAGGGGCUCUGUGGAGUCCACAGGUUGUCCUUUAGCUGCUCUCCAUUGCUCUGUGGGUGUGACUGCCCCUGCUCUCCUUGACAUUAUCUGAAACACUGCAACCUAGUUUGCAUUGGUGUCACUUGCAGCAAUGCUAGGAUGGCUCUCUCGACAAACUUGUCAUUGGCGAUUCGAAAACCAUUAUCUGCCAUGUAUAGAC